AUGGUUGCACUUGGGUAUGAUUGUAAGACUAACAAUUACAAGUUACUAGUUGGUGGUGAAAGUUUGUUCCAAGUCUGUUCCUUAGGAUUAAAUGCAUGGAAAAGAAUCGAAAACAUACCUUAUAGGUUUUAUGGUGGUAGCCAAUCCGGGGUGCUUGUUAAUGGAGAUUAUCACUGGUUAGUGAAAAGGCGAUUUUCCAUUGUUGUAGUAGUUUCUAUGAACAUAAGCAACGAGAAAUUCAAAGAAAUGGAACUACCACAAGAAAUUCGGGAGAAUGAUCAGUCGUUUAAUUUGGGGGUGUUGGAAGGGUGCCUUUGCUCACCCGUUCGGGAUGUUGAUAGGAAUUUGGAACUUUGGGUAAUGCAAGACUAUGGGGUUCGAGAGUCUUGGACUAAACGUUAUACUGUGAAAAAUAUAAAAGGCCCUUACUGGAGACCUAUUUGGUCUUAUGUAGAAAGAGAUUUAUUUUGA